GUGACGAACGUCGACGCCCUAGCUGCGAGCACUAGCUUGCACACACUUGACCUGAGUGUUACCGGGGUAACAAAUGUUGACGCCCUGGUUGCAUGUACCAGCCUGCGCACACUUGACCUGAGUGAUUCCGGGGUAACAAAUGUUGACGCCCUGGUUGCAUGUACCAGCCUGCACACACUACAAUAA